ACUUUUUCGUCUCUCUCCAGCGGCUUUUAUACCCAUCCAAGAGAUUUUUUCUUUUUAUUCAGAGCUCAAACAUUACAUGAAUCCAUCACACUAAAUCUUCAUCUGGGUCUCUUCCAAAAUCCCAGAAAAUGGCCACAAGAGCUUCCAACAGGCUCUUCCUCUCUCUCUUCCUCUCUCUCUUCAUUUGCUGCUCUUCUGGAACUCUAGCGGGUUUUUCCUAUCAUGCAAAAGGAAGCACCAUAUCACUUCAUAAAGAUAUCAAUGUUUCUCCAGCUCAGAUUCGGGUUUUUGUCUCAGAUCACAAGGUUCUAACUUCUUUAUUCAAUACUGGUGUGUUUGUUGAUCUUUACGUUAAUCAAAGCCAGCUUCAGACUCUGACCAAAUCAAAAUCUUCUGGUGUCACUUGGCUUAAAACCCAUGUAAUUUCUUUUCUUCCUCAUGUGAACAUCAAAAGCAUUGUAGCAUGUAUUGGCAAAAACCCAAGUAGGCAUAAUGACCUGGCUAGGCUUUUAUCCACUUUGAAGUCUGUACAAUCACUUCUUUCUAGUUUUCGUCUUGAUAACCAAGUUAAGGUCUCUGUGGCAUUCCCUUUGUCGUUUUUCAAGAAUUUGAGUGAAAUUCAUGAAAGACACUUGUGUAGGAUUUUUAGCUAUAUCAAGGAAGUGAAAUCAUAUAUCAUUGUUGAGGAAGUUGUCAACAUGGGUGGUGAUAGGUUUGUUCAGUCUGUAAUCCAGAAGGCCAACUUUGCCAUUUCUAUAAUUCCUUGUAAUGAUGUUCCCAUGGUCUUGACAAUCAAAAGCCCGUCCAUUCCGAGCCCGAAAGAAGUAUCGGAAUUUAGUGACAAGGUCUCCAAAGCUUUACAAAACAACACUCGUAUCACAACAAAUAUGGUUGCCGUGUAUGUAGAAGUACCAACUUCUACUUCCCAGAGACAGCUUCUUACCAAAACAACUCAACAUGACACAACAGUCUUCCCUAUAACUCCCAUCACCAACACCCCAACAACACCAACAAUUGUUACAGUUAAUCCCUCGCCAAACCCAGUGACAAUAGGCCCUGCCAACCCUGACACACCGGUGGUGACACUUCCCUUGACCACCCCACCUGUCACCAAUCCUGUCACUACGCCCAUCACGGUUCCUGGGGCGCAGCCCGUAACCAAUCCAGUCAAUCCGACCCCAUCAGGGAAUGUUCCCACCACAGCACCAGUCACAACAAACCCUGGUGCCCCUCCUGCAAGUAACAACAUUCCGGGCCAAAGCUGGUGUGUUGCCAAGAGUGGAGCUCCUGAGACGGCAAUUCAGGCUGCUUUGGACUAUGCUUGUGGUGGAGGGGCUGAUUGUUCUCAGAUUCAACAGGGUGGGAGCUGUUAUAAUCCCAAUAAUUUGCAGAAUCAUGCCUCUUAUGCUUUCAAUAGCUAUUAUCAGAAGAAUCCUCUGCCAACGAGCUGUGACUUUGGAGGGACUGCUACAUUAGUUAAUGCCAAUCCAAGCACCGGUUCCUGCAUCUACCAAACAUCUUCAUCAUCAUCAACAACGGUUUCCCCGUCGUCAACAACACCUGUAACACCUACACCUGUAACCCCAACACCAUCCACUCCGACUGCAUCCAUUCCAACUCCAUCAACUCCAACAGUAACAAACCCGGCGGCACCAGCAUGGGGAGCGGUAUCAGGCUCCGGUACACCUACUGUGCUGAACACCAGCACAGGAACAACCCCUGAUUUCGGGUUAGAAAGCCCUCCUGGUUUUACUAACUCAUCCACUUCCAAAGCAGCUGGUUUGAGGCCCUUUAUUGGCUUCAUUUUUCUGGUAAUAUCCUUAGUUACCAGGAAAACUACUCUUCACAUGUAGAGUGGUGAUAAGAUCUCAAUAUAAAGCAACGGUCAGAUCCCAUUUCCUCUUUUUGAGACCAAAUGUUAACAGUCAUUUAAGCCGUGUACAGAAGGGUCCAGGAGCCAAGUCUCACAAGGCUAGGAAUGCUAUCUAUGCCCUACUAAACAAUUGUUAUUGGCCACUAUUGAGCUUGAUGGGAUAUAAAGCUAGUUAAUCUUCAUCGGCUAUGGAAAAAGUAUGUUCAAGAAAUGAGGUUUAUUGUUGGUAGAGAGAAGAGUGAUCCUGUAUAUAUUUUAGAAACUUUGGGGUAUUGUAGUUCUUUGUAAUUCUCCAUACUAAUUUGAGUAUUCAAAUUGAUUUAGAAAUUUAGUGAAUCUGCAUUAUGAACAGAA